AGUGUCUCCGCCCUUCCCACCUUCCUUCUUCCGAGCGUCUUAAACACAAGCCUCGGGCCUACAGCUCUGGGGGUCCAUAGGUGGGCGGGGGCAGGUCUGAUGAGUAACCCCUCCCCUCAGGUCCCAGAGGGAGAAGCCUCUACGUCUCUCUGCCGGCCCAAGAGUUCCAUGGCCUCCACUUCCCGCCGCCAACGUCGAGAACGUCGCUUUCGUCGUUACUUGUCUGCUGGACGGCUGGUCCGGGCCCAGGCCCUCCUCCAGCGACACCCAGGCCUUGAUGUAGAUGCUGGGCAGCCCCCACCACUCCACCGGGCCUGUUCCCGCCAUGAUGCCCCUGCCUUGUGCCUGCUUCUUCGGCUGGGGGCUGACCCUGCCCACCAGGACCGCCAUGGGGACACAGCACUGCACGCUGCUGCCCGCCAGGGCCCUGAUGGUAGCCAGUACUUUCCAGCACCACAGAAUAAAGAUUUAAGGACUGCUGGCCCAUUUCCUCCUGCCGGAGGGAGAGAAACCUACACAGACUUCUUCCUGCCACUGCUGAGUCGCUGUCCGUCUGCCAUGGGAAUAAAGAAUAAGGAUGGGGAGACCCCUGGGCAAAUUCUGGGCUGGGGACCCCCCUGGGAUUCUGCUGAAGAGGAGGAAGAUGAGGCCUCCAAGGAGCGGGAGUGGAGGCAGAAGCUGCAAGGAGAGCUGGAGGACGAGUGGCAAGAGGUCAUGGGGAGGUUUGAAGAUGACACUUCCCAUGAGACCCAGGAACCCGAGUCCUUCUCCGCCUGGUCGGAUCGCCUGGCCCAGGAACAUGCCCAGAAGCGUCAGCAGCAACAGCGUGAGGCAGAGGGAGCCCGCCGACCUCCACGGGCUGAGGGAUCUAGUCACAGCUGGCAACAGCAGGAGGAGGAGCAGCGGCUCUUCCGAGAGCGAGCCCGGGCCAAGGAGGAAGAACUGCGUGAGAGCAGAGCCAGGAGGGCACAGGAGGCUCCUGGGGACCAAGGCCCAGAGCCACCCAGGGCAGGGCCCAGAGCAGAGCGCCCCAGAGGGGCGGGGAGGGGCAGCCUCUGGCGCUUUGGCGACGUACCCUGGCCCUGCCCUGGGGGCAGGGACCCAGAGGCCAUGGCUGCAGCCCUGGUAGCCAGAGGACCCCCCUUGGAGGAGCAGGGGGCCCUGAGGAGGUAUUUGAGGGUCCAGCAGGUCUGCUGGCACCCCGACCGCUUCCUGCAGCGAUUCCGAAGCCAGAUUGAGACCUGGGAGCUGGGCCGUGUGAUGGGAGCCGUGACAGCCCUUUCUCAGGCCCUGAAUCGCCAUGCGGAGGCCCUCAAGUGACCCCAGGGAACAAAUGGCUAACUGCAGGGACUGCAGCCUUAGGGGCUGGGCAGUAGGAAGGGUAAGGUUGGGGAUGGGGAUGACAGGAAAGAGGCCAAAGCUGGAGGCAGAGGAUCUGGGGUGGAAACAAAGGUUGUAAUGAGUAGGGGUGGGGAGCACAUGGCCGCCACCCCAGCUCCUGGACUCUGCCAUUUCCUAAUAAUAACUAGUUCUACAGCUCA